GAGCGAGCCUCCCUUUGCGCCCUCCCAGGCUCGGCUCGCAUCCUAUCAGGCCAAAUGGGGAUGAUGUCACCUGCGGGCUUGUAAGGCAGGCAGGAGGAAAGGCGAGCCUGGUCAACUGGCUCCUAUUGUACGCAGCUGGGCGAGGAGGGAGAAAAAGCCGGAGACGACGGCGGCAUCAUCAUCAUCAUCUCCUGGAGGAUGGGGCAGGGCUGCAGGAUUUAGCAUCCAGGAAGGAAAACCAGAAGGAUUCCAGCCAUGGCUCCAAGAAAAAGGAGCGGGCGAGGGAUCUCUUUCAUCUUCUGCUGUUUCCGAAGUAAUGACCACCCGGAGAUCACCUACCGGCUGCGGAAUGACAGCAACUUUGCCCUGCAAACUAUGGAGCCUGCAUUGCCCAUGCCUCCCGUGGAGGAGCUGGAUGUUAUGUUCAGCGAGCUUGUGGAUGAACUCGACCUUUCAGAUAAGCAUAGAGAAGCCAUGUUUGCUCUUCCAGCGGAAAAGAAGUGGCAGAUCUACUGCAGUAAGAAAAAGGACCAAGAAGAAAAUAAAGGAGCCACAAGCUGGCCAGAGUUCUACAUUGAUCAGCUUAACUCCAUGGCGGCUAGAAAAUCACUAAUUGCUUUGGAAAAAGAAGAUGAAGAAGAGCGAAACAAAACCAUAGAGAGUUUGAAGACGGCACUGAGGACUAAACCUAUGAGGUUUGUAACCAGAUUUAUUGACCUGGACGGCUUGACGUGCAUUCUGAACUUCCUGAAGAGCAUGGACUAUGAGACCUCUGAGUCUCGAAUACAUACCUCUCUCAUUGGAUGCAUCAAAGCUCUGAUGAACAACUCUCAAGGGAGAGCUCAUGUCCUGGCUCACUCGGAGAGUAUUAAUGUGAUCGCUCAGAGUCUGAGCACAGAAAACAUUAAGACAAAGGUAGCGGUGCUGGAAAUCAUGGGUGCUGUGUGCCUGGUUCCCGGGGGUCACAAGAAAGUCUUGGAGGCCAUGGUGCAUUACCAAAAAUAUGCCAGUGAAAGAACUCGCUUUCAGACGUUAAUAAAUGACCUGGAUAGAAGCACAGGCCGAUACCGGGAUGAAGUGAGCCUCAAGACGGCCAUUAUGUCCUUUAUCAAUGCUGUUCUAAGCCAAGGGGCUGGAGUGGAAAGUCUGGACUUCAGGCUCCAUCUUCGAUAUGAAUUCCUCAUGCUUGGAAUUCAGCCUGUAAUUGACAAAUUAAGAGAACAUGAAAAUUCCACAUUAGAUAGGCAUUUAGACUUUUUUGAAAUGCUCAGAAAUGAAGAUGAAUUGGAGUUUGCCAAAAGAUUUGAGCUGGUCCACAUAGAUACAAAAAGUGCAACCCAGAUGUUUGAGCUCACACGAAAGAGGUUGACUCAUACAGACGCAUAUCCACACUUUAUGUCUAUCCUUCACCACUGUCUUCAAAUGCCUUAUAAGAGAAAUGGCAACACCGUCCACUACUGGUUGCUGUUAGACCGUAUCAUACAACAGAUAGUUAUUCAGAAUGACAAAGGACAGGACCCGGACUCAACACCCUUGGAGAACUUUAAUAUUAAGAAUGUCGUUCGAAUGUUGGUUAACGAAAAUGAAGUGAAACAAUGGAAAGAACAAGCAGAAAAAAUGAGAAAAGAACAUCAUGAGCUGCAGCAGAAGCUGGAAAAGAAAGAGCGGGAAUGCGAUGCCAAGGCCCAGGAGAAAGAGGAUAUGAUGCAGACCUUGAAUAAGAUGAAAGAGAAACUGGAAAAAGAGCUGUCGGAGCACAAACAAGCCAAGCAGCAAGUAGCAGACCUCAUGGUGCAGAUGCAUGAACUUAGCAGGAGGGCAAUAUGUGCUCCAGUUCCAGGGGGCCCCCCUCUGCCACCGGGUGCUCCUGGGGGCCCCAUACCGACAGCUUCUGUAGGUUCUCUUCUCCCGGUUCCUCCGCCGCCGCCGCCUCCUGGUGGAAUCCUGCCUCCCCCGCCUCCCCCGCCACCGCCCCCUGGUGGGCCCCCUCCUCCACCAGGGCCUCCUCCACUUGGCGGCCUAACCCCGGCCCCGGGGGCACCCCUGGGAUCAGCGCUUAAAAGGAAGAACAUUCCACAGCCCACGAAUGCUCUCAAGUCCUUCAACUGGUCCAAGCUUCCUGAGAACAAGCUGGAAGGCACCAUCUGGACUGGCAUUGAUGAUGCAAAGGUGUUUAAGGUGCUAGAUCUUGAAGACCUCGAAAGGACGUUCUCUGCUUACCAAAGGCAGCAGAAAGAAGACUCCCUUGAUGACGCGCUCAGUUCCAGGCAUAAAGUCAAGGAGCUUUCGGUUAUAGAUGGGCGGAGAGCUCAGAACUGCAAUAUUCUCCUCUCAAGGCUAAAAUUGUCAAAUGAUGAAAUUAAACGUGCAAUUUUAACAAUGGAUGAACAAGAGGACCUGCCAAAAGAUAUGCUUGAACAGCUUUUAAAAUUCAUUCCUGAAAAAGCUGACGUUGACCUCCUGGAGGAACACAAGCAUGAAUUGGAUCGGAUGGCCAAGGCGGACAGGUUCCUCUUCGAAAUGAGCAGGAUAAACCAUUACCAGCAAAGGCUGCAGUCCUUGUAUUUUAAAAAGAAGUUUGCUGAGAGAGUUGCUGAAGUUAAACCCAGAGUAGAAGCAAUCCGCACAGCUUCCACGGAGGUGUUCCAAAGCAAAAGUCUGAAGCAACUGCUGGAGGUGGUUUUGGCCUUAGGCAACUACAUGAAUAAAGGCCAGAGGGGGAACGCUUACGGCUUUAAAAUAAUUAGCCUGAACAAGAUUGCGGACACCAAAUCCAGCAUGGACAAGAAUAUCACCUUGUUGCACUAUCUCAUCACCAUCGUAGAAAAGAAGUACCCCAAAGUUCUCAACCUGCAUGAAGAGCUAAAAGAUGUCCCUGAGGCUGCCAAAGUAAACAUGACUGAGCUCGAGAAGGAAGUUGGCACCUUGAGGAGUGGGCUGAGGGCUGUGGAGACGGAGCUGGAAUACCAGAAAUCUCAGCCCUCCCAUCCAGGAGACAAGUUUGUUUCCGUUGUCAGCCAGUUCAUCACAUUGGCCAGCUUCAGCUUCUCAGAUGUGGAAGAUCUCCUAGCAGAAGCCAAAGAACUGUUUGCCAAGGCAGUGAAGCAUUUUGGGGAGGAGGCUGGCAAGACCCAGCCGGACGACUUCUUUGGGAUCUUUGACCAGUUCCUUCAAGCUGUGACCGAAGCCAAGCAGGAGAAUGAAAACAUGAGGAAAAGGAAAGAGGAAGAAGAGCGACGGGCACGCAUGGAAGCACAGCUCAAAGAACAGCGCGAAAGGGAGCGCAAGGCAAGGAAAGCGAAAGAAAAUAGCGAGGAAGGCGGGGAGUUUGAUGACCUUGUCUCUGCUUUACGGUCCGGUGAAGUCUUUGACAAAGAUCUUUCCAAGCUGAAGCGAAAUCGCAAACGCAUCACCAACCAGAUGGCAGAUGGGAGUCGUGAGAGGCCUGUCACAAAACUCACCUUCUGAACUCCAUUUUUCCCCAAAGCGUUUCAGGAAAAAAAACUCCAAAACUGACCAAUAAUCAUCUUGGGAAAACUCCAGGUCUUUCUGCCUUUUGCCUUCUCGUUCCAACGGUGGUGCACUCCCCCUCUCCCAUUUUGCGUGUGUGCAUGUGCACCUCUGAAUCGGAGCAUUUGUUCACAUGUGCUGUAUAUACAAGUCUGGUUGUAUGAAUGGAGAUCAGAAGUAUAUGUGCAAACAUGCAUAGGCACUACUGCCCAGAUGCAUGUUCCCUUUUCUCUCCAUUUGGAGGGGUGGGGGGUGUUCCAAAAAGUAGCUUUUCCGCAGUCUAAGCACAAACAUUGGCGAGAGAGGGAAGGGGGCAAGUAGCAGAAACAUACUGAGAGAUGCUGGAUGAUGCUACUUAAGCUUCUUGUGAGGUCCUUUCAUUUUUAUAUAAAGGGAGUUGGGAAAAGAGUUUAAGAGUAGGAGAAUGGAUGACGGAAGGAGUUGCUGUUGUGCUCCAUGGUACAAUGGCCUUUUGAUGUGGAUGGACCAGCUUUGGACGACUUAUUGCCGUUGAAAUGACAAGUGGCGAACAAAGUCUGUUUGCAAACUGCUCUUGUUCAUUCUGAACUGCAUCGUUUUGUGGGGAUGGGGAAGCAUUUUGUUUCUGUUUAUUUCUCAAAGCUUGAACAUCCCUUGUGACAAUUGUGCUGGUUCCAUUGUAUUCUGUAACCCCCUUUUUGGCAACUCCACUUCCUGUUUCAAAGGAGAUACGUCUCUCUCUCUCCCAGUGCCUUCGCAGUCCUGCUGAAGAUGACCUGAAGGAGCUUCUCAUUGCUGUAACAAUGUUUAUGUAGAAUUCACUCACAUUCUUGCCUAACACCAAUGGGGAAUUGGGGGGGGUGUCUCUGUCUUUUUUACUUUAUUUUAACGGAACAAAGAGUCUCCAUGUUUGUUCUGUUUUGUAUCCAUUCCCUGUCGGACAGGACACACUGUAUUCUCUGUAAGUAUCAGUCAGAAUUGACUCUGUUCAGGCCAGUUUCAUUGUUAUGCUCGACUGAUGCAGGAUACAAUUCUGGGAGAGUCUUGAGUGGUUUGGACAUACUUGCAGAUGUCAGGCACAAUCCGGAGAGCCCUUCCCAUGCAUGGUAUAAGUUGGCACAUGUAUGUAGUUGGGUUUUCAAUUCAGCAGUCCCUCUUAUAUUUUUCUCCCAUUCCUGUCAGAGAGACUGCCUUUGAAACCUCUGUCUAUUUACAGCUCUCCAUGGUGUGCUGGAACAGAAACAGUGAGCAUGGAUCAGGGAAGGAGAGGCAGACUGGCGGCAUGUCUUGUUAUGCAGCUUCCUCUCUGAGACUGGGCAUGACUGCACAUGGAGUCAUUUGGGUUUGAGAGUGCUAUCCAUUUGUACAACCUACUUGCACAGGACUAGUUCCAGGGUCCUCUCGAAAGAGGCGAAUCAGGAGCAGGCUUUCAUAAGAGGCUCUGCAAGGGCCUGGGGGAUUUAGGGACCUAAUUUAUAGCUCAAGAGUAGGAAGGGAAAGGCCAAGAUAAUCCUUGUUUCUUGAAAAUGUGCUUUGCUGUUCAUAGUUCUUGCAAAUUUGUAAGCGGAACUACCUGUCAAGAUGUCAGUCCAAAAUCUUCUAAACCCAGAUUGCUCAGGGAGUAAUUAAUAAUUUUUUUAAAAAAACAGUAAUACAAAAAUAAAAACUUUUUUUUUUUUAAGUUAAAAAAAUGCCAAUAUUAUAGCAUGGCUUAAUGUUCUUAAAUUAUAGAAAAUAUAGAGGACUUUUGUUUCUGUUUUGCUUUUAUUUAUUUGAGGGUUUUCUCUUAAGUGAUUUUUAUACCAUCUUCACUCUAUUGGGAUCCAAAACUGAAACGGGGAUUUGUGGGGUUGGGAUUUUUUCUUUCUUUCUUUCCUGUGGAGAUUUUGAGUUUGGCCCUGUUGCACUAGACAUAGUUGAUGCUGUUUGAAAUAGGUUUUUUGUUUGUUUUGCUUUUGUCAUGUAAAAGAUGUUAACUGGUGGGGAAUUGGGAUGCCGAUCCCCCCCCCCUUCCUUCUCCCCCCUCCCUGGUGUGUCCUGAACAGCAAAUGUAUGGAUUUAUAUUAAACUAGUUUGUACAAAAUACAGUGGCUGUUGCAGGGAUUCCUAAACCCUGCUGCAACACAAAAGCUGUGAAGAUCAUGCUGGAGAGUGCUGUCAAAGAGCUCUGUGUGUGUGCGUGUGCAAGUGCUUCCCCCCCUUUUCCAUUUUUAUCAUUUUUUCUUGAUUUCAACUUUUGUGAAGGACCCACAUGUGCUGAUGGCUCUUCAAGUAGCUCGUAAAUGGUAAGAAUGCAAACACUGAUACUCUGAACCUCUGCGGAGUGCAGACAUGCAAAUGCAGCGAUUUGCUUAAAAAGAAAAGAAAAAAAUCAAGUUGAUUAUUACUGUUACUUAAACUAAAGUGCCUCUAUUUUAUAUAUAUUUUUAUUUAGCUGGAAGAAAAUUUGGUUGGAUAUGGUAUUAGGGAGCUGACUUUCAAAAUGAAAAAAGAAGGGUUCAGACAGGUCAAAGGGUUGCAUUAAAAUGAACUGAGAUUUUUUUUAAAAACACAGAAAACGAAACAGUAUGCUCUGAAAUUGGAAAGUGUGGUAAGGGUGCUGUCACUUAACAAUAUUCAGUCUUGUCAAGGGAUCUGCCCUGCAGCCUAACAUGUUUAGGCGACCAUCUAAAAAUUCAUCAGGGUCCUGAUGCGCAGGAUUAGUCCUGUAGAAAGGUACCUUUCUUUACCCCCAGGACAACCCCUCAUUUCACUGGAGGAAACCAGUUGUAUGGAAUGUGCAUUAUGAACUUUUGAGCAACCGCCAUGCGGCCCAACAGAGACCACUGUGAUGGACUGGGACAUCCUGCGGUUCUGCAUUGUGAGAAUCAAGACUGCUGAUUUUGUGUUUCUGAUACCCCAAUGGUGUCAUUCAGAAGUGCAUUAAAUGCCAGAAAGCCAUUUAAACCAUUCUUGAUUCUUCCCUUCUGUUGCAGCAAGGGGUGCUUUGUGGAGUUCACACUCUGCCACGUACAUGGACAGAGCAAAAUUGCUUGCUGUAGUUGAACAUUGAGCUUCUGGUGGAAACAAGAAGUGAUUUGUGCAAGCCUUCCUUCGGAUGGUGCUCAGUUUGGUUCGGCUUAAUUAAAAGGAAACUGCAGGGCAGCCAUACUUCCAUCACACAACCAGUUUAACUGUCCCACUGGAACUGAGGUGAGGUCAUUCAGGAUCUGGCUGUAUGAAAGGGGCAUCCAAAAUGACUGUUGCAUCAUGAACCUCUUCAGUGGAUGACAAGUGUCAAUGCUGUGCAAGAUGCUAUGUAUAUCAGGCAUUGGUUUUGAAAGCCCAUCCAUAAUGGUCACAACUGUUAUUACAAAGUUCUCAUUUAGACCCAGGGUAGAGUGGGUUCAAGAGUUGAAUCCAUCAUAGUGACCAGUUGCAACACUGGAUCACGAAGCUGGCUGCAAAAGCCCUCUGGCAUUUGAUGCAUUUAAGAAUCACUCAGCUUGAUGUUGACUGAGCCUUGUUUGUGCCGUACAAAAUGUUAAAAAGUGUUUAAAACAGUGGCAGCUAGUGACUCCAUGUCAGUGAAGUGGUGGAAUCCACUCCAGAUUUUAGUUUGAACUUUCAAGGUGCUCUUGAAAGUUUUGACUAAAACCUGGAGCAGAUUCCACUGCCCCGCUGACAUGGAGUCACCAGCCACCAUUGUUUCAAAGGUGAGUUUGUGUCUGUUUAUGCAACAUGGAUUGCUGGAACUUCCAGGAAUCCAUGCUGCACGGAUUGCAAACCAGGGGAAGCAGGGCAUUGGUGGAAACCUUUCCUUGGGCUUCCAGACCUUUCUUGCUUUGCAACAUGCCGUUUUGUUUGAGCUGCACGAGCCAUUUCUUUGCAUUCUAAUUUCCUAAUUAAUCUAUGUGCCGGUAAAUUCCAUGUGCCAUUUGUUGCAAACUACAUUUAGACUGGUGCUGGUGGAAGUACCCACUCUAUAUUUUCAUUUCAUUUCCUCGUUGUGUCUCUCCUGGGUGUGUAAUUCUAAAGUUUUGGGGGUUUUUUUAUUCAUGCAAAAAAAGUGAUAGUUUGUAAACUGAAGUAUACUAAUGUAGCGUAGUGGUAGCAAACUGUUUAGUGGUUCCUAGAUGCAAAGAUGUUUUUUAGCUAGCAGGAAAUGCUGUGUAUGUUACAAGACUGUACAUUUUUUAAAUAAGAAAAAGACGGCAAUAUGCAAUAAAGAGUGUAAAUAACAA